GCUGUUGCCGAUCUGGACGUUCGGGCCAGUCUGGGGAGAGUAUGAGCCGAGCUCCGGCCGCGGCGCGCCCGGGCUUCGGGGGCGAAAGCGCCGCCGCCUUCUGAGUCGCUGCGGCCGCCCGCGAGGCCCGGCGCGCGGAUGGUGCUGGUGCGGCUCGGGGGCUGAUCGCACGUCCCCUCUCCCGGCCCCUCCCCGCGCGGUGGGCUCCCCUCCCACCCGGCGGCGGAGCCAUGUCUCGGGGUGGCUCCUGCCCACACCUGUUGUGGGACGUGAGGAAAAGGUCCCUCGGGCUGGAGGACCCGGCCCGGCUGCGGAGCCGCUACCUGGGAAGAAGAGAAUUUAUCCAAAGAUUAAAACUUGAAGCAACCCUGAAUGUGCAUGAUGGCUGUGUUAAUACAAUCUGUUGGAAUGAGACUGGAGAGUAUAUUUUAUCUGGCUCAGAUGACACCAAGUUAGUAAUUAGUAAUCCUUACAGCAGAAAGGUUUUGACGACAAUUCGUUCAGGGCACCGAGCAAAUAUCUUCAGCGCAAAGUUCUUACCAUGCACAAAUGAUAAGCAGAUUAUCUCCUGCUCUGGAGAUGGAGUAAUAUAUUAUACCAAUGUUGAGCAAGAUGCAGAAACUAACAGACAAUGCCAAUUUACGUGCCAUUAUGGAACUACCUAUGAGAUUAUGACUGUACCCAAUGACCCGCAUACUUUCCUCUCUUGUGGUGAAGACGGAACUGUUAGGUGGUUUGAUACGCGCAUCAAAACUAGCUGCACAAAAGAAGAUUGCAAAGAUGAUAUUCUAAUUAACUGCCGACGUGCUGCUACUUCUGUAGCGAUUUGUCCACCAAUACCAUAUUACCUUGCUGUGGGUUGUUCUGAUAGCUCAGUCCGAAUAUAUGAUCGGAGAAUGCUGGGCACAAGAGCUACAGGAAAUUAUGCAGGCCGGGGGACUGCUGGAAUGGUUGCCCGUUUUCUCCCUUCUCAUCUUAACAACAAGUCCUGCAGGGUGACGUCUCUGUGUUACAGUGAAGACGGUCAGGAGAUUCUCGUUAGCUACUCUUCAGAUUAUAUCUACCUUUUUGACCCCAAAGAUGACACCGCACGAGAACUUCGAACUCCUUCCGCAGAAGAGAGAAGGGAAGAGUUACGGCAGCCUCCGGUGAAGCGCUUGAGGCUUCGUGGUGACUGGUCAGAUACUGGACCCCGAGCCAGGCCGGAGAGUGAACGAGAGCGAGAUGGAGAGCAAAGUCCCAAUGUGUCGUUGAUGCAGAGAAUGUCUGACAUGUUAUCAAGGUGGUUUGAAGAAGCAAGUGAGGUUGCACAAAGCAAUAGAGGACGAGGAAGAUCUCGACCCACAGGUGGGACGAGUCAGUCAGAUGUUUCGACUCUUCCUACGGUCCCGUCAGGCACUAGUUUGGAAGCGAGUGACACUGUGAUGGAAGUAGACACUUCAGCUGAGCAGUUUCUACAACCUUCCACAUCCUCCAUGGUCCACUCCACAGCAUCUCCUCCAGGAAGCCCACCUUCUACUUCUCUGCUGUCCUCUCCAGACAGUGAGCACAGGUUGUCUGCCGAGGCGUCUGGACAGCACACACACCAUCAGUCUGAAUUUUUAAGGGGGCCUGAGAUAGCUUUGCUCCGUAAGCGGCUGUACCAACUGAGGCUUAAGAAGGCUGAGCAGCAGAGGCAGCAGGAGCUGGCUGCGCCUUCCACUUCCGGUCAGGCUUCCCAUGAGGGCCCCGCCCAAGACCCUCAUGCUGCAGAUUCUCCUUCUUCUGUGGUUAACAAACAGCUCGGAUCCAUGUCACUUGACGAGCAACAGGAUAACAAUAAUGAAAAGCUGAGCCCCAAACCAGGGACAGGUGAACCAGUUUUAAGUUUGCACUACAGCACAGAAGGAACAACUACAAGCACAAUAAAACUGAACUUUACAGAUGAAUGGAGCAGCACAUCCUCCAGUUCUAGAGGGAACGGGACCCACAGCAAACCGGAGGGCCAGGAGGAGUCCCUGGCCCCACAGAGCUCGGAGCCGCCUCCAGCAGGAGAUAGCGAGACAGAAGCUCCUGAAGAAUCCUCAGAGGAUGUGAACACAUCCCAGGAAGGUGCAUCUGCAGAAAGCACAGUUCAGAGCCAAGCAGACACAGCACAUUCAGACAAGUUCUCAUCUGAGCCGUCAGAUUCCAGCUCAGGAGAAAGGAACGACUUCAAUCCUGAUAGUCCUUGUGGGGUUCCAGAAGACACCGCUUUGUCUGAGAAAGGCUGGGAACCAGGGACUUCGGAUCAAACCAGUGCUGACAGCACUGCCCAUCUCAGCAGCCCUGAUGCUGAGCCCAAGACACAGACGGAAGCUGUGGGGCCCGUGCCGCCCGAGGAAACAUCAGCCACAGACUCUGCUCUCCAGGACACCGAUGACAGUGACGAUGACCCAGUCCUGAUCCCCGGUGCCAGGUAUCGAGCAGGACCUGGUGACAGAUUUAUUAUCAGAGGAACAACAAUAGGUGAUAGAAUAAUGAGACGCUCUGCUGUUGCCCGCAUUCAGGAGUUCUUCAGACGGAGGAAAGAAAGGAAGGAAAUGGAAGAACUGGACACUCUGAACAUUAGAAGGCCACUAGUGAAGAUGGUUUAUAAGGGCCAUCGCAACUCCAGGACAAUGAUAAAAGAAGCCAAUUUCUGGGGUGCUAACUUUGUGAUGAGUGGUUCUGACUGCGGCCAUAUAUUUAUCUGGGAUCGUCACACCGCUGAGCAUUUAAUGCUUCUGGAGGCUGACAAUCACGUGGUGAAUUGCCUGCAGCCACAUCCAUUUGAUCCAAUUCUAGCCUCGUCUGGCAUAGAUUAUGACAUCAAGAUCUGGUCACCACUGGAGGAGUCAAGGAUUUUUAACCGAAAACUUGCUGAUGAAGUGAUCACUCGGAAUGAGCUCAUGCUGGAGGAGACGAGGAACACCAUCACAGUGCCCGCCUCCUUCAUGCUCCGCAUGCUGGCCUCCCUGAACCACAUCCGGGCCGACCGGUUGGAGGGUGACCGAUCAGAAGGCUCCGGUCAGGAGAAUGAAACCGAGGAUGAGGAAUAAUCAACUCUGAGUGGCCAGCACUUGGGAUGUUUUGAUAUUUGUAUAAGACACUUAUAUUUUUUUCUUUACAGAGCUUCAGUGCAAUUUUAAGGUUAUGGUUUUUGGAGUUUUCCCUUUUGCGGGGGAUAACCUGACAUUGGUGUGGAGUGAUUGUGUGCAUGAACUUGGGAGAGUGUGUGAAAUAAAACUAGCAGAAUGUUAUAAACCCUAGUUGCCAUGUAUGAGGCGUGCUAGCAACGAAAGUGCAAUACUGCCAGUCUCCACACGGGGGAGCUUGGAUCAACGUUGAAGAGCAGUUCUCAUGGUAGAGACAAUGUUGGUUCAAAUAAAUUUCUACACUUGC